GGAGUGAGUCACACUGUCUCAAGUUCAGCCAUGGCGGGAAUUUGCUUUUCCUCGACACCGCUCAUUUGCUGGGGCACAGUACGGUUUUGAUCCCGUGUGUCAGCCGCGGAGGAAUUUGGGGGGCUUAUAUACAAAUGAACAUUCCUCGCGAGAUUCUUAUCUCAUCGUCUUCACUUCCUCCAUUACGAUCAAUUGAGGUCCAGCAAACAUGGCCCAAUCAACCCCAGCGCCAGUCCCAGAGCUCAAGACCUACAAUGGCAAUUGCCAUUGCGGCGCUUUUAAGUUCAGCGUCCAGAUGCCCGACAUUAAAUCGGUGGUGGAGUGCAAUUGUAGUAUUUGUUUCAGGAAGGGGUAUAAGUGGGCGUUUCCUGGGGAAGGGCCGUUCACCAUUGAGAGGGGAGGCGGAGACUUGAAGGAGUAUGAGUUUGGGGUGAAGAGUAUGGUUCAUAAGUUUUGUGGCGUGUGUGGGAUAGGGAUUGGAGGGUCGAGACAUGCUGCUCCGCCCGGGCAGCAGUUGGGUAUUAAUGUUCGUACAUUGCAAGAUGUGGAUCUUUGGGCGCUGGAAGUGAAUAAAUAUGAUGGCUGCGCUAUCGCACCCGCUUAUGAAGCCCCGAAAUACAAAGGUCCUGAACCGACAGCCGAAAUCGAGAAUGCGAAGACGUAUACUGGGUCUUGUCAUUGUGGUGCUGUGACCAUGGCGUUGAAGACCAAGGAGCCCUUGAGCGGGGGAUCGGAGCAUAUCCAGGAAUGCAAUUGCAGUAUUUGUGCUCGUAACGGAACGAUCCUCACCUACCCCGCUUCCGAUCAAGUUCAUAUCGAGAACAAGGGGAGCCUCACGUCCUAUGUCUUUGGAAGAGGUUUUCAGUCCCAUGAGUUCUGUGGCAUCUGUGGAGUCAGUGUGUAUAUCAAGAAACUUGAUGUCUCGGAUGAGGCGUGGGAGAAGGAGUCUGGGAAGGGGAGGAGCAAGGAGGUUUGGAAGGGGAUAUGUCCUGUUAAUCUGAGGUGCUUUGACUGCGUGGAGUGGGAUGCGAUCCAGGUUAAGAAGGGGUAUUAUAAGGAUGUUGGGAGGGAGUAUGUCGUGGAGUGAGUGAAUAGGAAGGGUAACUAGAGAAAUCUCAUAUUUAUGAGAUGAUGGCGGUGUUAGGGAAAUCUAGACAUUCAUCCUGCAGCUUCCUUCACAAUCAGUCUCAUAAUCAAAAAGAACUCG